AUGACCCGACAAACCGGCUGCGGAUCUGCAGGUUCCCCGCUGCGCCUCUCCGAGCCGCCUGCCCUCCGCAUAGGGCCUCCAACAAUUGGAAGAAGAGCGCAGUUUGCUGCCCUUGGCAGCCACAUCAUAGCCACAAGCCCCUCCGCCCAUGAAAUACCCCACGUACAAGAGGCCCACGGCAGUGCCACCCUCAUCUUUGAUACGAAGACAUCUACGCUUACUACGUCAAAUAUUUUACCGCAAGGUCUAGAAAACUGCUAUGAUUCAGCCAUAGCCGUCAGGAACAGACUAUAUGUGUUCGAAUCAUACAGCGACAACAACGACGGCACCGACGGUUUAUAUUAUUUUGGGGGCUUCCACUGCCUUUCUGCGGAUCCGGACGAUGAUGAGAGGGACUGGACUUGGCGACCCUUGUUCAAUUCCUCGCGUUUCUCUUGGAGCUGGGCUAAGUUCGGUGGCAGUCCACCUGACUUUCCGUUUGAUCCCAAGUUUAUCACCUCGCUUGCCGUGCACCCGCGGACGGGCACCAUCUUUGUUUCCGCUUGUAGGCGGGGGGUCUGGUGUACAUUGUCCUACGGCACGAGAGGUGGUGGCCAGUGGAAGCGCCGUGGUAAUUGGGUGCUGCCAUUCAAAGGCCCUGCCCACUAUGAUGGUUUGCUCGACGCAUGGGUCGGGCUCCACCUCCAUUCCGCUGACACGGUUGAUGCUGAGGGGUACCUUUGUGCAUGCCACAUCAUCUCUGGCCGGCAGCCGCCAAAGAGGAAAGUGGGCAGGGAGCAGCUUUUUCUCAAGCAACCACACUGGAGACAUCUCGAUGCAAAACUCGUUUACAUGGGUGAGGGCAGUAAGUACUGCCUCGUGGAGCACCUCCGACCUGAGGGAGCGGACACGAUGAAGUAUGUGCUUCGUGUGACCACAUUCAUUGUCAAGUAUGGCAAGGACGGUGAGCUCACGACCAUGGCUCACCGGCCUGCUCGCUUCUACAAGGCGCCCAGCUAUGACGUGCAAGCGUUUUGGAUGUAG